UUGUCUACGUCACACGGAAAAGAAACCCGGAAGUGCAGCAGUGCUCAGCAGACUGUCAGUGUUGUACAGUCAGCAUGGAUAAUGCAAAUAUUUAAUUCAAAACCUCAUGCCUGGUAUCAUGGGGAAUAAAACUAGUGUUUUAUCGGCGGUUUUAGCAAUGUUAAACGAAUAAAAAGGCAUGAUAAUAAAACUAAAGUGAGGUUAUUUACCUAAAGCUACUGUACCGCUGGGAAACUGUGCAGCUGGAUUUAACACACCGCGUUCCGGUCAAAGGUCACAGCUGUUUGCUGUUUAAAUUUGAAUACUUCUAUAUAUUUUUGUCUUCGUCUGUGGUGUCAUGUGUGAUUUAACAUGGCCGUUAUGGAGGCGUUCACUGGAGCGGGUUAGUGUGCAGCUUUGCAAUGCCACGUCUACUUAAGUGUGACGGUGGUGUUCACUGCAGUCGUGCACAAUAACAAUAACACACAACAAUAACACACACAUCCCGCGCGACUUUACUGUUGGCCCAAAGUCAUCCGAGUCUCCGGAAACAAUGGCGAAAAGUGGCCGGAGGAGUCGAGCUGCACAGGUGAACGGUGGUGCGGGUGCUGCUGGUGGUGUCUCCAUGUCCGGUUGUGCGCCGACAGGAGCGUUUCGCGCUCGUGCUUUCCGGCUGUGGCUGUGGCGCGCGCUGCCGCUGAUCCUGAUCCUGCUGAUGCUGAUGUUGAUCUUAGGCUCUUACCUGUGCAGCUACCCCGGCAUCACUGACAGCCCGAAACACAGCGCAGAUCUGCUUAAGGACAAGUUCUCCCACAAGCCCAGGAAGUUAUCUCUGGCCCAAGUGCGCCAGCUUGCCGCUCAGGUGGAUGGUGCUCGGCUUUGGGAGACGCACCUGCGGCCCAUGCUGAUCGAGAGGGUGCCGGGUACAACAGGCAGCAAAGCCGUACUCCAGCACAUUGUCUCCCAGCUGCGCUCCCUCUCUGCAGGCUGGACUGUAGAGAAGGACUCAUUCCAGGCAUCUACUCCCAAAGGACCCGUAACUUUCAGUAACGUGCUGGCCGUGCUCGACCCCUCUGCCCCACGCAGGCUCCUCCUUGCCUGCCACCAUGACUCCAAAAUCUUACCACGAGACCCCAGAGACCCACAGCAAGUGUUUAUUGGGGCCAGUGACUCUGCCGUACCCUGUGCCAUGCUGCUGGAGUUGGCAUCAGCGCUGGACACGCAGCUUAGAGCUCUGAAACAGCAGAGGCCUGCGGUGACACUGCAGCUUGUCUUUUUUGACGGAGAGGAGGCGUUUGAGGAAUGGACAGAUACAGACUCUCUGUACGGCUCACGUCAUCUGGCUGAGCUCAUGGCCCAAACAGCUCAUCCUCCAGGCUCCACACACACCACGCAGCUGCAGGCAGUGGAUCUGUUUGUGCUGCUGGACUUACUCGGAGCUGCAGAGCCACUGAUUGUCAAUCAUUUCGAUAACACUGCGCGCUGGUUUGACCGACUUAUUGCUGCAGAGAGGAGGCUGCACCGCCAGGGCUUACUGUCAUCUCAUCGUUCAGAACAAAACUACUUCAGGAAGGACGUUUAUCUGGGACCAGUGCAGGAUGACCACGUUCCGUUCUUGCUUCGAGGUGUACCGGUACUGCACUUGAUCUCAACACCAUUCCCUCCAUUCUGGCACACGCUGCAGGACACGGAGGAGAACAUGCACCGGCCCACGGUCGAGAACCUCACCAAAAUCCUAGCCAUCUUCCUGGCUGAAUACUUGCACCUCUGAGCCGACUCAGACUCUCCUCUUAAACACACACACCUGUGGAGUGGCAUUCUAUAUGUUACAGACACGGCAUCAGCUGUGGAAGUGUGGUACGAUUAGUUUAAGGUUUUUUUGUUUUGUUUUUAUCUGCUGAAACAAGAGCCAUAAACACACAUGCUUUGGCAGCUGUUUCAAUCAGUAAUCCACACUAAAAAGACUUUUGGACCACAGACAUUCAGCCAAAGACUGUGGUAAGCCUGUUCAUUUGACUUACUGCGUAAGUUUGAGCCAUUAAUUGCUAACUGUUGCAAAUGCAGUGCUGGUUAGAUUUGAAUGUAUCUUAAUAAUAACAAUGUUGUUAUUAAGCUUUCAGCAGGACCUGUGAGACUGAGAAUGACCUCAUAUUUCAAUUCCGGUGAAAUGGGAAUAUUUGGAGCUGGUUUUAAACCAACUGUCAGUACCAAACUCUACUUACUGAUAGACCAUGUGCUGUUGCCAGUGCCUAAUCUGGAACUGUUACGCAUGUUUCCUCUUAAAUUAGUUAAAAUUAAAUUGAGAAAAAACCUGCAACAAACUGAAUGUUAGCUAGACUGCUGAAGGUAAUGCUAACAAAACUUUCUUUGAGCAGCUACACACUUAAAAUAAAUAGCAAUAAAACAUCUAUGUCUUA